CGCGCGCCCCCGUGCGAUCCGGCCCGCGUCCCGCCGGCAUGGACGUCCACACCCGCUGGAAAGCGCGCGGCCCCCCGCGCCCGGGCGCCCCGCCGCUGUCCCCGCUGCUGCUCCCUUUCCUCCUGCUGCUGUGGGCGCCGCCGCCGAGCCGCGCAGCUCAGCCAGCAGAUCUCCUGAAGGUUCUGGACUUCCACACCUUGCCAGAUGGAAUAACAAAGACUACAGGGUUUUGUGCCACACGACGAUCCUCCAAGGGCCCAGAUGUCGCCUACCGAGUCACCAAAGAUGCUCAGCUCAGCGCGCCCACCAAGCAGCUGUACCCUGCGUCUGUGUUUCCUGAGGACUUCUCCAUCCUGACCACUGUGAAAGCCAAGAAAGGCAGCCAGGCCUUCUUGGUCUCCAUCUACAAUGAGCAGGGCAUCCAGCAGAUCGGCCUGGAGCUGGGCCGCUCGCCCGUCUUCCUCUAUGAGGACCACACCGGGAAGCCUGGGCCCGAGCAGUACCCUCUCUUCAGGGGCAUCAACCUGUCAGAUGGCAAGUGGCACAGAAUUGCUCUCAGUGUCCACAAGAAGAACGUCACCUUGAUCCUCGACUGUAAAAAAAAGACCACGAAGUUCCUUGACCGCAGCGACCACCCCAUUGUAGAUGUCAAUGGCAUCAUUGUGUUUGGCACCCGGAUCCUGGACGAGGAAGUAUUUGAGGGUGACAUCCAGCAGUUGCUCUUCGUCUCAGACCACCGGGCAGCUUAUGAUUACUGUGAGCACUACAGUCCCGACUGUGACACCGCGGCCCCCGACACUCCGCAGUCGCAGGACCCCAACCUAGAUGAAUACUACCCAGAUGGAGAGGGCGAUGGUGAGACCUAUUACUACGAGUACCCCUACUAUGAGGACUCGGACGACAUGGGGAAGGAGCCUGCCCCGACCAAAACGCCGGUGGAAGCUGCGAGAGAAACCACGGAGAUUCCUGAGGAGCUGACCCCGCCCCCCACGGCAGCCCCUACGGUGCCUGAUUUGGUGCCCGAGACCAGUGAGCAGGCUGGCGGGGAGGAGGACCCAGGCAUCGGGGACUACGAGUACGUGCCCAUCGACGACUACUACACACCCUCCCCGUACGAGGACCUCAGUUACGGCGAGGGCCUUGAGAACCCUGAGCAGCCCACUGACCCCAACUCGGGGCCCGAAGUCCCCACCAGCACCACGGUGGCCUCCAACGUUUCCAACCCAGCUCUGUCUCCAGGGGAAGGGAAGGAUGACCUGGAGGGCGGGUUCGCAGAGGAAACCCUCAAGAACCUGGAUGAGAACUACUACGACCCUUACUUUGAUCCUGACUCCAAUGGCUCCCCAUCGGAGAUUGGGCCAGGCAUGCCUGCGAACCAGGACACCAUCUACGAAGGGAUCGGAGGACCCCGGGGUGAGAAAGGUCAGAAGGGAGAGCCGGCCAUCAUUGAGCCAGGGAUGCUCAUCGAGGGGCCACCUGGCCCGGAAGGACCUGCUGGUCUUCCAGGACCUCCAGGAACUACGGGUCCCACUGGCCAAGUGGGCGACCCUGGAGAGAGGGGUCCCCCUGGUCGGCCCGGCCUUCCUGGGGCCGAUGGCCUGCCCGGCCCCCCGGGAACCAUGCUGAUGCUGCCGUUCCGCUUUGGAGGUGGUGGGGAUGCGGGCGCCAAAGGCCCCAUGGUCUCCGCCCAGGAGUCGCAGGCCCAGGCCAUCCUGCAGCAGGCCAGGCUGGCGUUGCGGGGACCAGUGGGCCCGAUGGGCUUGACAGGGAGACCCGGCCCCAUGGGCCCUCCUGGCAGCGGAGGUCUGAAGGGCGAGGCGGGCGAUAUGGGGCCUCAGGGUCCCCGAGGUGUGCAAGGCCCUCCCGGCCCAUCAGGGAAGCCCGGAAGACGGGGCCGGGCUGGGAGUGACGGAGCAAGAGGCAUGCCCGGACAAACGGGCCCCAAGGGCGACCGCGGCUUUGACGGCCUGGCCGGGUUGCCUGGCGAGAAGGGCCACAGGGGUGACCCUGGUCCUUCUGGCCCGCCCGGACCCCCGGGAGAGGAUGGAGAAAGGGGUGACGAUGGAGAAGUUGGGCCCAGAGGGCUGCCAGGGGAGCCGGGGCCACGUGGUCUGCUUGGGCCAAAGGGGCCCCCGGGCCCUCCAGGACCCCCCGGUGUGACGGGUAUGGACGGUCAACCAGGCCCGAAAGGAAAUGUGGGCCCCCAGGGAGAGCCCGGCCCCCCGGGACAGCAGGGCAACCCCGGUGCCCAGGGUCUUCCGGGCCCCCAGGGUGCCAUCGGUCCUCCGGGAGAUAAGGGUCCUUUGGGGAAGCCCGGACUUCCAGGAAUGCCCGGUGCUGAUGGACCCCCGGGGCACCCUGGCAAGGAAGGCCCUCCAGGAGAGAAAGGAGGCCAGGGUCCACCUGGUCCCCAGGGUCCCUUAGGCUACCCGGGCCCUCGAGGAGUCAAGGGGGCAGACGGCAUCCGAGGUCUGAAGGGCACCAAGGGCGAGAAGGGCGAAGACGGCUUCCCUGGAUUUAAAGGUGACAUGGGCAUCAAGGGCGAUCGGGGGGAGAUCGGCCCGCCUGGUCCCAGGGGUGAAGAUGGCCCUGAAGGCCCAAAGGGCCGAGGCGGUCCCAAUGGUGAUCCAGGUCCCCUGGGGCCCCCUGGGGAGAAGGGCAAACUCGGAGUCCCAGGGUUACCUGGGUACCCAGGAAGACAAGGGCCAAAGGGUUCCAUUGGAUUCCCGGGAUUCCCUGGUGCCAAUGGAGAGAAGGGUGGCCGGGGGACGCCUGGAAAGCCCGGACCACGGGGACAGCGAGGCCCGACGGGCCCCCGGGGUGAAAGAGGCCCUCGGGGCAUCACGGGGAAGCCCGGCCCCAAGGGCAACUCUGGAGGUGAUGGUCCUGCUGGCCCUCCCGGUGAGCGGGGACCCAACGGACCCCAAGGACCUACCGGCUUCCCUGGACCAAAGGGUCCCCCGGGUCCCCCAGGGAAAGACGGGCUCCCCGGACACCCUGGACAGAGAGGCGAGACUGGCUUCCAAGGCAAGACUGGCCCGCCCGGUCCCCCAGGUGUGGUUGGCCCUCAGGGUCCCACGGGAGAAACGGGUCCAAUGGGCGAGCGUGGCCACCCUGGGCCCCCCGGCCCUCCUGGUGAACAGGGGCUCCCAGGCCUUGCUGGCAAGGAGGGAACGAAGGGUGACCCAGGCCCAGCCGGCCUCCCUGGGAAGGACGGCCCUCCAGGCUUACGUGGCUUCCCUGGGGACCGAGGGCUCCCUGGCCCGGUGGGAGCCCUUGGGCUGAAAGGCAACGAAGGCCCCCCCGGCCCCCCGGGCCCCGCGGGAUCUCCGGGGGAGAGAGGCCCUGCUGGCGCUGCUGGGCCCAUCGGCAUUCCAGGGAGACCCGGGCCACAGGGGCCGCCAGGGCCGGCUGGAGAGAAAGGGGCCCCGGGCGAGAAAGGCCCCCAAGGCCCAGCCGGCCGAGAUGGGCUCCAGGGUCCUGUGGGGCUCCCCGGUCCAGCUGGCCCUGUGGGCCCCCCCGGUGAAGAUGGAGACAAGGGAGAGAUGGGGGAGCCGGGACAGAAAGGAAGCAAGGGAGACAAAGGCGAGCAGGGUCCCCCUGGGCCCACUGGUCCUCAAGGCCCCAUCGGACAGCCAGGCCCCUCUGGCGCAGAUGGGGAGCCGGGCCCCCGUGGCCAGCAAGGCCUCUUCGGGCAGAAAGGAGACGAAGGUUCGAGAGGUUUCCCUGGGCCCCCGGGGCCAGUGGGGUUGCAGGGCCUGCCGGGACCUGCGGGCGAAAAGGGCGAGACAGGAGACGUGGGCCAGAUGGGCCCGCCUGGUCCCCCUGGCCCCCGAGGUCCUUCCGGAGCUCCAGGUGCUGAUGGGCCUCAAGGUCCUCUGGGUGGAAUCGGGAAUCCGGGCGCAGUGGGCGAGAAGGGGGAGCCUGGCGAAGCCGGCGAGCCUGGCCUUCCGGGAGAAGGAGGCCCUCCGGGCCCUAAAGGAGAAAGAGGAGAGAAGGGCGAGGCCGGGCCCUCAGGAGCUGCUGGGCCCCCUGGCCCCAAAGGCCCGCCCGGAGACGACGGCCCCAAGGGCAGCCCUGGCCCUGUGGGUUUUCCUGGCGAUCCUGGCCCCCCCGGAGAGCCUGGCCCCGCGGGUCAGGACGGUCCCCCUGGUGACAAAGGAGAUGAUGGUGAACCUGGACAGACGGGAUCCCCGGGCCCCACUGGUGAGCCUGGUCCAUCUGGGCCCCCGGGAAAGCGGGGACCCCCAGGCCCUGUGGGCCCCGAAGGCAGACAGGGAGAGAAAGGAGCCAAGGGAGAAGCCGGCUUGGAAGGCCCUCCUGGGAAGACUGGCCCCAUCGGCCCACAGGGGGCCCCCGGGAAGCCUGGGCCUGAUGGCCUGCGCGGGAUCCCCGGCCCCGUGGGCGAGCAGGGUCUCCCCGGAUCCCCAGGCCCGGAUGGGCCACCCGGCCCCAUGGGCCCCCCAGGACUCCCCGGCCUCAAAGGAGAUUCUGGGCCCAAAGGCGAAAAGGGUCACCCAGGCCUGAUUGGACUCAUCGGCCCACCAGGGGAGCAGGGCGAGAAGGGUGACCGAGGGCUCCCUGGCCCCCAGGGCUCAUCUGGCCCGAAAGGAGAACAGGGUAUCACUGGUCCUUCUGGCCCCAUUGGGCCCCCUGGACCCCCUGGCCUGCCGGGUCCGCCGGGUCCUAAAGGCGCUAAAGGCUCCUCGGGUCCCACCGGCCCGAAGGGUGAGGCAGGCCAGCCAGGACUUCCCGGCCCACCCGGCCCCCCGGGCGAGGUCAUCCAGCCCCUGCCGAUCCAGGCCUCGCGGACGCGGAGGAAUAUUGAUGCCAGCCAGCUGCUGGAUGACGGGGCGGGCGAGAGCUACAUGGACUACGCAGAUGGCAUGGAGGAGAUCUUCGGCUCACUCAACUCGCUGAAGCUGGAGAUCGAGCAGAUGAAGCGGCCGCUGGGCACGCAGCAGAACCCAGCGCGCACCUGCAAGGACCUGCAGCUCUGCCACCCUGACUUCCCUGACGGUGAAUACUGGGUGGACCCCAACCAGGGCUGCUCCCGGGACUCCUUUAAAGUCUACUGCAACUUCACGGCCGGCGGGGCGACCUGCGUCUUCCCCGACAAGAAGUCCGAGGGGGCCAGGAUCACUUCUUGGCCCAAAGAAAACCCGGGUUCCUGGUUCAGUGAAUUCAAGCGUGGGAAACUGCUCUCCUAUGUGGACGCAGAGGGAAACCCCGUGGGUGUGGUGCAGAUGACCUUCCUGAGGCUGCUCAGUGCCUCCGCCCACCAGAACAUCACCUACCACUGCUACCAGUCAGUGGCCUGGCAGGAUGCCACCACGGGCAGCUAUGACAAGGCCAUGCGCUUCCUGGGCUCCAACGACGAGGAGAUGUCUUAUGACAACAACCCCUACAUCCACGCCCUGGCGGAUGGCUGCGCGACCAGGAAAGGCUACCAGAAGACGGUGCUGGAGAUAGACACCCCCAAAGUGGAGCAGGUACCCAUCGUGGACAUCAUGUUCAACGACUUCGGCGACGCAGCACAGAAGUUUGGAUUUGAAGUGGGGCAGGCUUGCUUCAUGGGCUAGGAGCCGUGCGCAACCUCGUGACCUCAGCACGCCCCUUGUGAGUGUCCCCACGAGCGCCGAGCGCCGUCAGCUCAGACGGCGAAGGUUUCUCGUGCCCCUCCCACCGGACUUCAUCUGCGCCCGGCACCUGGCUGGCGGUGCCAACCUGCGCUCUGGCUGGGAGAGAGCCACGCCCACCCCCAACGGAGCCGAAUCACAUGACCUAGCAGGCCACACCCACGUUCCGUCUACACCCCAGGCCACGGAGGGAGCCGGCUGCUGCCCUGGCCCCUUGCUCACCGGAUCCGCUGAUGGACCGCAUCGUGGACAGUGGACAGGGGUUGGGGCUGGGGUGGCAGUAUUUGGAUAUCACUUCUUUUUUUAAUUCAACUUGAAGAUGUGUAUUUCCCCUGACCUUCAAAAAAUGUGCGGAGGCCAGCCUUGCAAAGGUCGCCAAAGCCUCUGUUUUUAACCACCCUCAACACGAUCCAUUCAGAGGCCAAAUGUCAUUCUGCAUGUGCCUUUCCGAUGGAUUAAAGGUGCUUAUGUUUUUGUGAGUUUUAAGUAAAUAUUUGUAUUGUAUUGUUAUAAAUGUUAAGUGUGCCUGACUUUCAAUGGUGUGUGGAAACCCCAGCCUCAGGCCCCCGGGGAGAACGGGCGGAGGGGAUAAAGCCUCCUCUUUAGAAGUAGGAAGUUGCCCCGGCCUGCCCCACCCUGACAAGAAUAUGCAGUAAGUUGGAAAUUCACCCAGGUCCCCAGAAGCCCUUCUGCCAAAGAAAAAUCAGUGCCAGACCCCUUUUCCAGGCCAGUUUGGUUUUUCUAUGGGGAGGAAAAAAGAAUCCGAUACUCUGCUUUUUCUAUAUGUACUUAGACUAAGACGCAGGGUUCGGUUCAUUUUGAUUGCUUCCUUUUUCCAUUUUCCUUUCUACAGAGCCUGGGCAGGAAACCGAGAUUUGUGUAGAUGGUAAUUAAGUGAAACUUGGUGCUGAUUUUUUACACUUCUCUUGUGGUGCUAUGUCUGAAGAUCUUGUAGGAGGCAACAUGGGGGGGGUGUCUGCUGGUGCUCCUCUUCCGGGCUUCCUUCCCCUGGGCGUUGACUCUGGGAGCCGAGUCUUUGCCAAGGGCCUUGUAGGAGAUGCCACCUCCCCUCCCAGCGGGCGCGGAGCCUCCGGGUGCUGUUCUUGGCCGGGGAACCUGCCCCCAAGUCCCGUUACUGGGCUGUGUGGACUUGAUCUGAACACACACACACGUGCAGAAUAACGACUUCCUGCAUCCUGCGUGGUAUGGCCAUUGCGGACUGUGUUCGUGGUACUGAUUUCUGUCUGUUGCAAAAACUGAGCUGAGGCCAUUCAGGUGCCCCAUGUACCCGUGGUCUCAGCCGGAGACUGCCUCGCACGCAGGUCGAGAAAUGUGCAAUGAACUCUGGGUGUCUCGGGCCUGCUGCGGCCCUUGUUUCCCACAGAAGCAAUCGGGUUUCGGCCUUCGGAUGUCUGGGACACGGGCAUUGGCUGCUCUGGAGCUCAGGCUGGUACACUUCCCACUGGGCCUCGGCCUCACUGUCCGGGGCGAGGGGCUGCCUGUGUGAACGGUGGAGCCCAGGCCAGCCAGCAGUCCCUGUACUGUGAACCGUGCCCUCCGCCACACCCCUGGCUCCACCACGGGGAAGCAGUGCUGGGGAGCAGGCUGACCACCAUGGGACACGCCUGCAGCAUCCCAGGAAGAAGACCAGCAAGGCCGACUCCCCGUGUCUCCCCAGAAAACAAGUCGCACUCUUGCCAAAGAAAAGCCUGGCUUAGGGACUCUCGAAGCCAGGACGCCAGCAGGCACCGUGACCGCUGUGUGCCUCUCCUCACGUGAAACGCCAUAUUGGAACUGUCGUGCGUGCAGUGCCCUGUGGACUUGGUCUAGGUCAUGUGAUUCUGUUUCACCUCCCCCAUCAGAUUUGUCCUUUCAUUUGUCAUUUUCUGUUGGUCCCCUCAAAGUUGUAAUUUGUAUGAAGUCCAAAAUGUGUCCUGUUCUCCCCGAAACCACUUUAGCUAAGGUAUAUUGCAAUAAAAUCACUUCUUAUAUUUGCAGGCA